CGGGGCCGGCAGGCGGCACUUCCGGUGCCCACGCGCCACCGCCUCCUCUGCCGUCGCGCAGCUCGCGGCCGUCACUUUGUGUAGUGCGGGAGGGGGGGGGUCCCCCGGUGGUCACAGCCCCCGCCCCGGAGUCUGUUUCUCGCUCCGGCUUGGUUGGGCCCCGGGCGCGCGCGCGGUGAGUGGGGCGCGCGGACGCGGCAGGUGCGCGCGGGCGGGACACGCGCGCUGGGGGCGGUGGCGGCGGCGAGCCUGGCCGUCCUGGAUGCCCCGGCUCUGGAGGCCUUGGAUGAUCGUGGGGCGAUCGCGGGGUUCCGGGGCCUGUGUUUGGAGGAGUCAGAGCUUCAGUUGCACGAGCUGGAUCUUCCAGGUCCUUAAGUCCCCCAAUACUGGCCUGGGCCUGCGCGUCACAUCACGGAUGGCUUGACACUCCCCCCUCCCCACCAAGAGUCAUAGACUCCAGCGUGGGAGGGGGCGGGCCGGAGACGACAUACAUUGCACCUUUGGAAGGUGCCAGCGCCUCCUUCAGCUCAGUGGCGGGAGCUGGGUGGGGACCGCCCCCAUUCCCCGGAGACACCUUCCAAGGAGGGCUGUCACCACUCCUGCCCAGGCAUGAGAUGGAUCCUAGGGAUCCAGGGGAAGAAAAUGCAGACUCUUCAUCAUUCUUCUGUUGAAUACUCUUCAGUAAAGAAAAUGUGGAUGCUGCUUGGGAAGAGAAGUAGCCAAGAUGGGCUGCCUCCUCCUCCUCUUUAUGUAUAGUGAGGGGGCCUGAGAGCUUGUUGACUGAUGGGCACUCUCUCCUUUCUCCUGAAGAGAGGAAACAAAGAUACUUUUCCAGCCCUGCACCACACACCCAGCCACCUACAGCUGUAUAGGUGCCAGUGGUCUGACAGUGUGUGGGCCUGAACUGGCUCAUGUAUGCUGAGGGCAGGGCCACACGGAGGCUCUCUCGUAGGGACGAUGGCUGCCCUUCAAACUACUCCAGAAUCCCAAGCUACCCACCUGGAGCCUUCAGAAGAUGGGUCAGAAUGCAAUGCAGAACCUGAAGAGGAGGAUGAGGAUGAGGAUGAGAAGGGGAGUGAGGAGGCAGAGGUGGAACAGGCAGAAGAGGUAGUGGUGGAAGAGAAGGAAGUGGCCACACAGGUACAGGAGGUAGAGGUGGAGGCCAACUCAGAGGACAGUGCCGAUGCUGAUGCUGACAUUGUGGAGGAGGUGCUGGCAGAGGAGCAGAGUCUGAGCUUGGGGACCCAGGAGCAGCUUAGCAAUGGUGGUGAUGUGAAGUUGCCAGCUCUUCAAGGAGAAGCCCUGCAGGCCUCCCGAGUGUCUCCUACUAUUCAGGAUGAAGACCCAGACGAAGAGGAAGAUGAUGAGCAUUUCCUGAUGCAGGGGCUGGUGACUUUUGAAGAUGUGGCUGUGUACUUCUCUUUGGAGGAGUGGGAGAGGCUGGAUGUGGAUCAGCGGGACCUCUACCGGGAAGUAAUGCAGGAGAACUACGGGAUCCUGGUCUCCUUGGGAUACCCAAUCCCCAAGCCGGAUCUUAUUUUCCACCUCGAACAAGGAGAAGAACCUUGGGUCCCAGACAGCCCCCAUCCUGAGGAGGGAGACAUUGUCACCGGCGUCUACACCGGAGCCUGGUACUGGAACGAUGACAUAGAGGACCACGAGGAAGAUGAUGAGGACUUCCUUGCUGAGAUGGCAGAGGAAGAGAACGACCCCCCAGGACUGUGGUCUGCUGCCUAUGGUGUAGGAGACGUGCCUGGGACUUGGGGCCCUGACGACUCAGAUUCAGCUCAGACUCUAGAGAGUUGGGUACCCAACCCAGGCAGCCUCGGGAUCCUGGCCGAGGAGGUUGAAGCUAAACAUUUCCUGUCUGGCCGGGAGCCUGGGGAGAACUUUCUGGCUCCCUGGGCAUUUCCUGCAGUGGCUGUCCAUAUCGGACAUCCGGAGACCACUUGCGAUGUGUGUGGCAAAGUGUUCCCGCACCGUUCGCGCCUGGCCAAGCACCAGCGUUACCACGCUGCAGUCAAGCCCUUCGGCUGCGAGGAGUGUGGCAAGGGCUUUGUGUACCGUUCGCAUCUGGCCAUCCACCAGCGCACUCACACCGGUGAGAAGCCCUUCCCGUGCCCGGACUGCGGCAAACGCUUCGUCUACAAGUCGCACUUGGUCACACACCGGCGCAUCCACACGGGCGAGCGGCCCUACCGCUGCGCCUUCUGCGGUGCGGGCUUUGGGCGGCGCUCCUACUUGGUGACCCACCAGCGCACGCACACGGGCGAGAGGCCCUACCCGUGUCUCCACUGCGGCCGGAGCUUCAGCCAGAGCUCAGCGCUCGCCCGCCACCAGGCUGUGCACACCGCUGAUCGUCCUCACUGCUGCCCGGACUGCGGCCAGGCUUUCCGCCUGCGAGCUGACUUCCAGCGGCACCGGCGCGGCAGCUGUACGGAAACCAGCAGCGGCGAUGGCACGGGGAUGGCUCCCCACGAGAUGGAGAUGGCAGUCGCAGCUGUAGCCACAGCAGAGCCGGAGGAACUGGAGGCCAGGCUCGAGGAAAUCGAAGAGCCCGUGCCUGGUGUGGCAGAUGGAAACACCGAGGCUGAAGCCAGAGAGGACAAGGAGGUGGUAGCUGCGGCGGCAGAGGCGACUGUCCCCGACAGCAAGAGGGACCCUGAGCCAGACAGACGGUUCCGUGAGAUGGGCAAUGGCCUGAGAGGGGGCGAAGGGCCUUCCUCGCACCCGCUUGGCUUCCAUUUUCCCAUGCACCCCAAGUCUUGGCUGUACCCGGACGGUUUCCCUAUACUGGGGUUCCCCGAGUUCUCUGAACGGCUGCAGGCUGAUGGGCACCAUCUCUCCGCCCCCCUGGGCGCCCCGCUGACUCUGGAGGGCGCGGGGUUGGCUUGUGACCCGUUUCGUAGCGCGGGCUCCGGAGUCGGGGCGGAUGGUGGCCUGCGAGCGUUCGCACCCGCUGUCGGGUCGCUGUUGGCGGAGCCCGCGCCCGCCGCGCUGGCGGAGGAGGAGAGCCCGUGGAUCUGCUCCGACUGCGGCAAGACGUUCGGGCGGCGCGCGGCGCUGGCCAAGCACCAGCGCUACCAUGCGGGCGAACGGCCGCACCGCUGCGCCGACUGCGGCAAAAGCUUCGUGUACGGCUCGCACCUGGCGCGCCACCGGCGCACGCACACGGGCGAACGGCCCUUCCCGUGCCCGGAGUGCGGCGCUCGCUUCGCCCGCGGCUCGCACCUUGCGGCGCACGUGCGCGGUCACACGGGCGAGAAGCCGUUCGUGUGCGGUGUGUGCGGUGCGGGCUUCAGCCGGCGAGCCCACCUCACGGCGCACGGGCGUGCGCACACGGGCGAGCGGCCCUAUGCCUGCGGCGAGUGCGGCCGGCGCUUCGGGCAGAGCGCGGCGCUGACGCGGCACCAGUGGGCGCACGCCGAGGAGAAGCCGCACCGCUGCCCUGACUGCGGCAAGGGCUUCGGCCACAGCUCCGACUUCAAGCGGCACCGCCGCACGCACACGGGCGAGAAGCCGUUCCGCUGCUCCGACUGCGGCCGCGGCUUCGCGCAGCGCUCCAACCUCGCCAAGCACCGGCGCGGCCACACCGGGGAGCGGCCCUUUCCCUGCCCAGAGUGCGGCAAGCGGUUCUCUCAGAGAUCGGUGCUCGUGACUCACCAGCGCACGCAUACUGGGGAGCGGCCGUAUGCAUGCGCCAACUGCGGCCGCCGCUUCUCGCAGAGCUCGCACCUGCUCACUCACAUGAAGACGCACCGCGGGCAGGCGGGUGCGCAGGCACAGAACACCGCCGCUAAGGCCCCCGCACCUGCCAAGGCAACGCCGCCUCUGCUGCCACCGGGCUCGGGCUCCGGGUCCGGAACGCUGCUCGAGUUCGCCGGCGGAACCAGCUUCGGUUCCGAUGCCGCGGUGUUCGCUGGGCCCUCGGGAGCCUACGAGGAGAGCGUUCUGUGAGGCUGGUCGAAGCGCGCGGCGCUUCCCCGCUCCUCGGCAGGCUGAGGACUCCCAAUUUUGGGUGCCCCUGGGCUUCAUCGCCCCGAGCUUCAGAUCUCGCGCUUGGACGAGCACGGGCCGCCACCCUGAUCAAGAGUGCUCCAUCCCUGGAUCUGUGCGUCAGGGAUAGCGGGCAAGGCCAAUUCGUUCAUCACGGAUUCCGAUUCAGGGAUUCAGGUGGCCCGCCAGCAGCUUAGGAGUCUGCUACCUGGCUUUCUGGCAGAGAAGAGAAGCUCUUAGCAAUGGGAGAGGGCAAGAGAGAUCAUCCGGCUACUCUCCUCCGCAUCUGGGUUUCUGGGUGGGUUUGGCUUCUUCCCAUUCUCCUUAGGAGAUUCGGGGACCGUCUUCCGGUCACUUGAGCGUGUCCAGUAAGUUUUAAGAACAUGGUUCACUGCAGAAUCGGGGGAGGGGGACAGAGGUGCGAACAGGUAAAGCUUUUGUUUUGUCGACUGUGGGUAUUUAUUUCCAUCUUUUGUAUGGCGGGAAGACUGUGGGGAGGAGUUAAAAAAAAGCAAGAUACCAAAUGGGUAGCCAGGCUGCAGAUGUUGGCUAGGUCCCCGUGGAGUUGGAAGCCUUAUUCUUUGAAAAUCCUUACUCCAACCCCUAAAAACGGGUCUGUCGAGCACUGGCUACAAGGUGGAUUUUAGUAUUGGUAUCCCCUCUAAGCUUGUUGGUUUUCUAGUGGCUGCCAGCGGCACACAUGGACGUCUUUGGAGUGCCUCUUGUGGGUUCCUCCAGACCUGGUCUCCAGACUAGUUCCCUAGCAGCGUCCUCCGCUGCAGCAGGUGGCUGCAGAGCCCUGUGCUCAGCCUUUCACAACCCUGGGGUGGGUCCAGGAACCUUCUCCCUCAGCUUAUAAUAAGGGCCCUACAUCCUCUGCAAGCCUCUUAACUCUGCUUCUGUAAUCACCCUGCAGUAGAAGCAGGUAGUGUUUCUGUCACAGCUGGGGCUGUGGCUUACACAGUGGUGGUCCAUUUAAGGCAUCACGUGGACCUGAGCUCACAGCGCCCUUGCACAGCCUGGACUGCUGGCAUCUGAGGUGUGGCUCAUGCAAGCCCCUCCCACCCUCCCUGAAUUCUGGGCCAGAGUGACUGGGAGCUAAAGAAGUGAGAUUUCCACCCACCCUGCAUUCCCUUUUAGACCUAGAUUCUUUGUUGUAGUGUAGAUGCGCCCUUGAGGCCCAAGAGCUAACAUGCAGGCUGCUAGGUGCUAGGUGGGUAGUCCAUGGGUGGGAGGAGAGCUGGGGUGGUGAUGGUCAGAACUUAGCCUGGCUAGGUGAGGUGGAGUGGGAAGGCAUGGGUCCUGAUUGCUCAGCAGUGGCCUCUCUGUCCCAUUUUCUAAUGCUCUUCCCAUGUCUUCUGGGACAUAAACUUCAGAAAAAGCCAGGGCAGGGUGGGCUGGAAGGGCACCAUCCCCAUCCCUCCUAGUCCCCAGUGGUUUCCACCCUGCCCCUCUGCUGUGGGCAGGAGGACCCAGCUUCAAUAAAGAUGGAGAAACAAGCUUUAGGAGUGGACUCUGCUUUUGCCCCACCUUAGUGUCCCUCAGGGAUGCUCACUCUGCAAGGCCCAUCUCCUUUCUGACUUCUCUUCUGAGAAACCAGAAUUGAUUCUUGCAUGGCACGUCAUGAAUUUGCCCUGUGCCACCAAGUCUUGCUGAGAUGCCUCACUGCCAUAAAUUGGAACAACACAUGUGGGAUAUGACUGGGAUUAAUUUGACUAACCUUCCAGGUUUAAAGAGAGGAGCUGGUCUCCUUUCUCAGAGUGUAGACCCAUGCCUUGGCCUUUUCUCAAGGACCCUGGUGCCACCUACCCCAAAUCCUCAAAACCAUGACCACCCCAAGAGUUCCUAAACAAUUCCCCUUAAGCUAGCUCUUCUUAUUCAGUCUCUGUGAUAGGAUCUUUUCCCAAUGGAUUUGAAAAAUAUGAUUUGAGGCAUCAGAAUAAUGGAAACUAGUAUCUUCAUUAAACAAGCAGGCUGAGCAGGGGAUGUAGCUCAAUUGGUACCUUGCUUGGACAUUUGCGAAGUGGAGCCAGGAGGAUCAUCAGUUCAGGAUCAUUUUCAGCUCCAUGAGCUUGAGGCCAGCCUAGGCUAUAUAUAGAGACUACCUCAAACAAAAAAAUACCCCAGACUUUUAGGAAAUAGAUGCUUCAUAAGACAUAAAGAUGAAUAACCACUCAGUUCUUAGUCUACCAAGAAAGGCCAAGCAAUUCCUUGAUAAAGCUCACCACUGAUUGUGCAGCUGGGGUUUUUAUGUUGUAGGGGAGGGAAUUCCCAAUGCUAUAAUUGCCAAAAAAGGGGAGGAGGUGGAGCUUCAGUGAGUGACCUGUGAAAUGUGACCAACCAAAGGUGACAUUUGGAGGAUCAUUAUGCCUGGACAUUCUCUCACUCCACCUACUUCUCUUUUCAUUUUUCUCUCUUCCCUGUUUUCUCAGCCUUUCUAUGUAUUUUCCACUUUAUCUCUUUAGACACUGCUCUCUUUCUCUCUCUCUGUCCCUCUCUCCUUCCCUCCAUCCCUCCCUCCAAUUGGCUGCUUAUAUAAUAAAGUGGUUUCAGAUUUUAAGUUA